CACUGGCCUCGCCGUUGUCCGUACGCUAGUUUUUUUUGUAUUAUAAUUUUGGUCUCAGCCCUGAAAAUUUGAAUUAUUUCGAUCCCAUCUCAAACCCUAUACCUUCCGCGCCUAUCUCUCUCUCUCUUCAAAUUAGGACCAGCGUUUAUUUCACGCCCAAACAAAGCCCUCUCAAAUAUAUAAUUCUCUCUCUCACAAGGCAUAACUCAUAAGUUCUUAUUUUUCAAAUCCGGAUCCACCGCUUUCGAAUCAAGCCCCAAACCCUAUUUCCCUCUCUCUCUCUCUCUUUAGGUUUUCGCUUUGCAAUUUGUGAGCUACGAAUAACAAUGAGGAAAGGAGCAAAGAGAAAGGCGAGCCAGAAGGAAGAAGCAAAGCCUCAAGCUCAACAACAGGAAUCGAAGAAAGCUACUUCUCAAGCUAAGCGGGUCAAAGCAUCCAAGUCCGAAACUGAACCCGAGUACUUCGAGGAUAAGCGUAACUUGGAAGAUUUAUGGAAGGAAGUAUUCCCUGUUGGGACAGAGUGGGAUCAAUUGGACGCUGUCUACCAAUUCAACUGGAAUUUCUCUAAUCUAGAAGAAGCAUUUGAAGAAGAUGGAAAGCUAUAUGGGAAGAAAGUUUAUCUCUUUGGUUGUACAGAACCUCAAUUGGUCUCUUUCAAGGGUGAAAGCAAAGUUAUCUGUAUACCUGUUGUAGUGGCUGUUGUAUCUCCUUUCCCUCCCUCUGAUAAGAUAGGGAUUAACUCAGUUCAGAGAGAGGCUGAAGAAAUUAUCCCCAUGAAACAAAUGAAAAUGGACUGGGUUCCCUAUAUUCCUCUUGAGGACAGAGAUAGCCAAGUUGAUAGGCUGAAGUCUCAAAUAUAUAUAUUAAGAUGCACUCAAAGAAGGGCUGCUUUAAAGCAUUUGAAGAUAGACCGUCUCAAGAAAUAUGAGUACUGCUUGCCUUAUUUCUACCAGCCAUUCAAGGAAGAUGAACUUGAGCAAAGCACUGAGGUUCAGAUAAUUUUCCCAGUAGAACCAAAGCCGAUUUUCUGCGAAUUUGAUUGGGAGUUAGAUGAGCUUGAGGAGUUCACGGACAAGCUGAUCCAGGAGGAGGAAUUGGCUGAAGAUCAGAAGGAUGCCUUCAAGGAGUUUGUUAAGGAGAAAGUUCGAGAAGCAAAGAAAGCUAAUCGUGAGGCAAGGGAAGCCCGGAAAAAAGCCCUUGAAGAGAUGACUGAGGAAAGUAAGGUAGCGUUUGAGAAUAUGAGGUUUUACAAGUUCUACCCUGUACAAACACCAGAUUCUCCUGAUGUAUCGAGUGUUAAGGCUCCAUUCAUAAACAGGUAUUAUGGGAAGGCUCAUGAGAUUCUGUGAUUGGUCUCAAGACCAAUGUGCCUGAGAGAUGAUCUAAGCCCACUAUGGUAGCAUCAAAGCAGUUCAGAUGCUUAAAGAUUUUGUUUAUUACGCAGAGAGUUGGGAGGCAAGCCCCUGUUGCCUCAUCAUAUAUUUCCUUGAUCAGAGUUUAGGUGUCUCAAAAGAUGUAAACUAGUAUUAGUUUCAGAAGUUUUAGAUCAACAAUUGUGGUGCUCUCUCACCCUAGGAGGAAAUUGUAAGAUACAAUCUUGAGGCUUUUCAAAUUUCAUAUAAAAUUUUAAGCUUCCCGAGUUGCAAACUUGCGACGGAGUUGGAAUUCGGAUUACUAAAAUGUCAAACUUUACAAACAAAUAAGAAAAGUAACGA